AUGAUUCUCUGUACCAACUCUUCCCAUUUCCACAUUUGUCUCUACUUAGCAGCACUCCUCCACACCACCUCCAGCUCAUUUCCCGGCGGCAACUGCAUCGAGCCAUGCAUAGCGGAGAUGCAGCAGUCACUCGAAGCAACACCACUGCUGCAGAGCGAACAGUUGGGACAGCUCUCGCUGAGCUCGCUGGUCUCCACGUCGUCGAAUAAGGAGCUGACGGAGCGCAGCUUUUAUGACAUAUGCCAAGCCUACACACGUGUCGAUUUGUGUCUUCACUCAUGCGAAAAGGUGUCGCAACACUCGGCGAGUAUUCGCAAAACCUACGCGGGCAUACGAUUCAUUUGUGUCGAGCAUCGAGACGAAUUCUUCCGUUCACUGCCAUGUCUUGCCGAACACGAAAAGAUCGCUCUCCAACAGUGUCGUCCGCAAAUCAAUGCGUCGUUGGCCGCCUCGAAUCGCUUCUCGGUUACAGUACUCCGAAAAGAGCAUCACAAUUUGAGGACUCAUUUUGAGACACUUUGCAAAAAAUUGGGCUCAAUGAUAGAAUGUGUGGAGCCGGUGACUCGAGCCGGGUGUGGAGAUCAAGCAGCGAAAAUGAUGUUACGAUUCAUUACAGUAGGAUUCUCGAGCUUCGAGCAACUCUACUCUCAACUCGGAAUCUCCGAUCAACUGCCCGCCGCAUGCAAAUCGCUUCUUUCCCUCCAAAAACGAACAAUUCUACCGGAGCGCCGUCACUACGUCCUCCCGCAGGCGUCUUCUGAAUACAGUGUGUACAGUUCCAGUGGAUUUUCAGAUUUUCAGCCAUUUUUAUGUUUAAUCACCAUUUUAUUCAUGAUUUUCACCUCGUAA